AUGAUCUCCAGCAUGUCAAAGGCAACGGCGCUGCUCGCCCUCGCUGGCACAGCCACUGCGUCCUCAUACGUCGCGAAUCUGUCCACCAAUGCUCAGGGUCUCUUGAAUGAGUCAAUGGCAUGGAUGGACCAGUACUACGACCGCUCGGCUGGCUACCUCUACGACUUCGGUUCUGCCUCUGCCCUCCGACACGAAACGCGCAGUUCCGUGUGGUACGCGCUCGGUCUCCUCGCCCGUAACAACGGCGACGACGCUGCCGAGGCGGAGAAGAUCAUCACCAACACCAUUGCGGGGCAAUUCAAGGUCGAAUCUGAGCAAUGGUACGGUGACUACCAGAAAUAUGACGGCGAGCCCUACGUCGGCUCAGAGAACUACCCUGGCAGCAUUUACAACUCCUGGGACCCCAAUUGGCGAGGCUUCGUGGGCACUACUCUCAUCAUGGCCCUCGAGGAAUUCCCCCACCUCCUCAGCAACGAUACCCAAGACCUCAUCCUCGCAUCGCUGCACAACACCACCAAGGGCGAUGAGUACCGCGUUGGCGGCGUCGACGACGAUAACCUCUACCCCGCAUACAGCAACCCCGCUAUCAUGCGCGCUCUCGUCUCUGGCUACACCGGCCGUAAGCUUGGCGAUGCCAACAUGACUCAGUCCGGCGAGAACUAUGCGCAGGAGAUCAUCGACCUAUUCGACCGUGCCAACACACUGUCCGAGUUCAACUCGGGCACUUACACUGGUGUUUCCCUGUUUGGUUUGAUUCUUUGGAGCAAGUACCUCCCUGAGGAUUCUGUCAUGACCCAGAAGGGUCCGCAGAUGCUCACCGAUACUUGGAAGGCUGUUGCACAGCUCUGGAACCCUUCUAUGAAGAACAUGGCUGGACCUUGGGAUCGUGCUUAUGGAUAUGACAUGAAUCGCUAUGUCAGUUUGAUGGCCCUGUGGUUCUGGACGUUGAUUGGCAAGGAGAAUUCAUCUCUCAUUUCCGCUCCGCAAGUCAUGUCCCACGCCGCAGACUAUGCCUGGGCCCCUCUCUUCGCCGUCCUCGCAGACUACCACCAGUCUCUCCUUCCCGAAGGCCUUGUCGCCAACUUGACGACCUUCUCUGGCGACCACUUCUUUACGGCAUCGACUUACUACCCUCCCUACGACUACGUUCCCCGCAACAUCACCAGCUGGCUCUCCGAGAACCUCACUAUCGGCGCCGAGUCCUUCAAUGAGAACGUGAUCGGUGGUCCUUCCGAGAACCAAGCAUCCUUCAACCCAGCCGUAAUCCAGUGGAACACCGGCAACGAGAUCUCCUUCAUCUCGCUUUACCCAACUGAGAUGGCCCUCGAUGUCGCGGUCGAGGCCAACAAGCUGACCCUGACGUACCCCAACGGCACGGCCGAUUCCAUCUUCAGCUUCGUGGUCGGCACCUUCAUCAAGAAACCGACCGUCGCCGGCUGGGCUGACGUCCAGGGCUUGAACGUGAGCGUAUCCGGCAACAUCAACGAGACAUAUGCCCUGUCCUUUGCCGGAGAAUACGGUGGUUCGGACUCGAUGAUCCGCGACUUUGAGUUCUGGAACUUUACGUACUCUAUGCCUGCGGGCUUUGAGGGUGCGCCUACAGUUACCCUGGACGUCACUCUUCUUUAG